CGGCGCUGCAGCGGCAGCGCAACCAAGAAGCUGUCAGUCGAGCACGCGACCUCACCCAGAGCACAUCUCACAGGGAUUAAAUCCAUUUAAGCGGCAUGUCUUGACGCAUUCUGCCCCCCAACUGGAUUCAUCUGCAACAAAAUUUCCACAAUUUAAAUUAUGCAGUGCUUUGUGAUCAUCACGACCCGAAGCCUUCUCUGGACUCUUUUGACCCUGGUGUCGACUUUGGCAGUCUUGUCCUCCAUUCUGACCGCUAGGUGGUUAGUGGGCCCCGAGCACAAAUACCAUUACAAUGUCACCACGGUCACAGAGAUAAAUUCAAAAAAGAGUUAUGCAGUUGAGGAGCAGGUAAAAUGGUAUGGAAGAACUCUGGGCAUCUUCACCCGAUGCACCCUCAUUAAAGGAAGGGAGCACUGCGCCCCGUUUGUUGGACUAAAAGAAGCAGAGGGUGGUGCCGGCUUUCCCAUACCCUGGCAAGUGGCCCUGGUCUUCCUGACCCUUGGAGUGCUCACUGGAAUUGUGACGACGAUGGCCGCUCUCCUCGGCUGCUGCGUCCAGGCUGUGUGCGGAAAGAAGUCGUUGUUCAGUGUGGCUGGGGCUGCUCAAGCGGCGGCAGGACUGUUGUAUGUUGUGGGCCUGAUGAUGUUUCCGUUCGGAUUUGGGUCGGAAAGAGUGCAGAGGUUGUGCGGCCAUGGUUCGGCGGUUUUUUACCUCGAAGAUUGCACUCUUGGAUGGUCAUUUUAUGUGGCACUCUUGGGCAUCAUCGGGACUUUUAUAUGCGCCGUUUUGUCAUCACUAGCGGACAAAGCAAUGUCAAGUGACCGAAUUCAAGAAGAAAUUGAUGACGGAAAAAUAUUGAUUUGCCUUCCUUAAAUUUCUUGAAACUAUUGCAAAUCUUUUAAUAACAGAAUCUCAUUAUUUUUAUAUUAUUUUCCAUAAGAAAUCAGACUGUUUUAAGUUUCGUUGUAAAUUGCGUGUUCUUACUAGUUACAAAAAGCACUCAAUUUAUAAUCCUCUAAGGUUUGUUAAUUAAAAUCUUUCAAAUAUCAGAUUAAACAGUUUGAUUAUU